AUGACUGUCUCUGGCUUGUCGUUGCAGACCCUUGCAAUAUUAGUGGGUUCAGUGGGCGCACUGCGCGCCUUGCAGCUUUUCUUAGACUUCCGCCGGCUACUGGCAAGCAUUCACCAUCUUCCAGGAUACAGAACAAUUCUUGCUCCGUCGACUGUGCUCGGGCAGAUGUUUCCCCCGACCCGCGGGUUGACCUUGGGUCAUGAUCAUGCCUGGAUCUCGAAGCAUACCCCCUUUGCGAAGUGGGGCCUCGAUAUAUUUUCCUCUGCGGCAUUUUGGCCGAAAGCAAAAGGAGCGAUGUUCAUUGCAGACGCCAAUAUAAUCAAGGAUAUUGCUUGGUCUCGUGGAGGACGCUUUCCGAAACCUCUAGGCCAAUACAAAAUCAUAACAUUUUUUGGAGAGAACAUUGUUGCUUCCGAAGGCGAUCAAUGGAAGCGUUACCGCAAGAUUGUCGCACCUGCGUUUUCAGAAAGGAAUAACAGAUUGGUCUGGGAUGCAACGAUACAGAUAAUGCUCGACCUUUUUGAUACAAUGUGGGCUGGACAAGAUGAAGUGGUUGUCGAUCACGGCGUAGAUUUAACUUUGCCGAUCGCGUUGUUCGUGAUCGGGGCUGCAGGCUUUGGUCGCCCUAUAUCCUGGAAAGAUGACACCGUGGUCCCACCCGGGCACCAGUUGACUUUCAAAGAUGCUCUCCACACAGUGACACAGGACCUCACCAUCAAAUUAUUAGUUCCGAAAUGGGCCAUGGGACUCACUAAACGUUUCAGGCGUACAAGAGUUGCAUUCGAUGAGUUGCAUAAAUACCUUACGGAGAUGAUCCAUGAACGGCAGGGGUCCCAGCACAAAGAAGAAAAUAACGACCUAUUAUCUAGUUUGUUGUCAGCAAAUGACGAUGAGAAAUUGUCGGAGGGUGAAAUAAAGUUAACCGACAGUGAGGUAAUCGGCAAUAUCUUCAUAUUUUUGGUUGCGGGACACGAGACAACAGCCCAUACAUUUGCUUUUGCGUUCGCGCUGUUGGCUUUAUAUCCCGAUAAGCAAGAAGAACUGUACCAGCACAUCAAGCGUGUACUACCUGAUGGAAGAAUUCCUACUUAUGAUGAUAUGCCAUCACUGGCCUACUCUUCUGCCGUGUUCAGCGAGACACUGCGGAUGUUCCCCCCUGUUGGCAUUGUGCCAAAGACAAGCGCCGAAGACACGACCCUCACCCUCACAGAUGUGAACGGGACGAUGAAAACGGUCGUUGUGCCUCAAGGAACGGGUCUUACAUUUAGCGUACCUGGGCUUCACUACAACCCCAAGUAUUGGGAAGAUCCAUACACGUUUAAACCCGAGCGAUUCCUUGGUGACUGGAACCGAGAUGCAUUCCUCCCCUUCAGUAGUGGUUACAGAGGGUGUGUGGGAAGAAAGUUCUCGGAAACGGAGGGAGCGGCUGUUCUCACCAUUUUGAUGUCACAAUAUACUGUUUCGAUCAAAGACGAACCGCAAUUUGCUAGCGAAACGUUUGAGAAGCGUAGAGCGAGAGUACUUGAUGCACAAAGUGUGCUCACUCUAGCACCUGCCCGCCUUCCCUUGGUGUUCAAACGGAGAACUUAA